AUGGCAGCAGCAGCAGGCAAUGUGAAGACGGAGGAGGCGCCUGCGCAACGGCCAGCCUCAGCGGCCAAGAAGAUCCAUUAUCCGUUCUGGUUCGGCGGAUCGGCGUCAUGCUUUGCCGCCGGGGUCACGCACCCAUUGGACCUUGGUAAGUUGGUGAGGGCCUUGGUCCGCUUGCAAACUCGCGCCCCCGGAGCUCCCAAGACCAUGCUGGGCACGUUCGUUCAUGUCUUCAAGAAUGAUGGCUUCCUUGGUUUGUACAGCGGGCUCUCCGCGUCGAUCCUCCGGCAAAUGACCUAUUCGACGACCCGGUUCGGCGUGUACGAGGAGCUCAAGUCGUAUUUCGCCUCUUCGUCGUCCCCUCCCGGUCUCCCCACCCUCAUUGGCAUGGCCUGCUUCUCCGGUUUCCUCGGUGGUCUGGCCGGGAACCCGGCCGAUGUGAUGAACGUCCGCAUGCAGUCUGACGCCGCGCUCCCUCCGGAGAAGAGGCGGAACUACAAGAAUGCGUUUCACGGGCUGGCGCGGAUGGUUCGUGAAGAGGGGCCCGGGAGUCUGUUUCGAGGCGUGUGGCCCAAUUCCACCCGCGCGGUGCUGAUGACGGCCUCGCAGCUGGCGUCCUACGACACCUUCAAGCGGUUCUGCAUCGACGUGGUCGGCAUGUCGGACAACCUGACGACGCAUUUCACGGCGUCGUUCCUGGCGGGCUUCGUGGCGACGACGGUGUGCAGUCCCGUGGACGUGAUCAAGACGCGCGUCAUGAGCGCCUCGCCGGCCGAGAGCCACGACGGCCUCAUGUCGCUGCUGCGCGACAUCUACCGCAAAGAGGGCGUCACCUGGGUGUUCCGAGGCUGGGUGCCCAGCUUCAUCCGGCUGGGUCCGCAUACGAUUGCGACCUUCCUGUUCUUGGAAGAACACAAGAAGAUCUACCGCCUGAUCAAGGGGUUGUAA